CUGAAUGAGGAGGAGAUCGCGGCGGCUUUGGCAGAGGCUUCGGUGACAGAGGUCGUAGUAGCGAUCGUGGCUGUGGACGCCGUCGUGUUGGCUGUCGUGGCGAAGAGGGGAAGCGGGUUCCAGUCACCAAGCUAUUCAUAGCCGUGGAGGAGUGGGUUCUAGUCAUGCUGGCCGCCGUGACGAAGAGGAGACUGUGGCCGCGACUGUUAUUCCGAUGCAAGCUAUCUGCCAAUAUUGUUUGCAGGCAGAAUACCACUGUAGACAAGCCUGAAGAAGCAACAGCUAUAGAGAUGAAUGAGCCGGUUUCUUUGACGUUUGCUUUAAGGUAUAUGAAUUCCUUCACUAAGGCAACGCCCCUUUCAAACACGGUCACCAUCAGCUUGUCCUCUGACCUACCUGUUGUUGUCGAAUACAAAAUAGCAGAGAUGGGAUAUGUAAGGUUUUACUUGGCUCCCAAAAUAGAAGAAGAUGAGGAUGAGACAAAGCCUCAAGCCUAAAUAUAUUUAGUCAUUUGUUCUAUAAAAUCCGUUUAGAAUAUUUCCUAACUUUAUUUUUUCUUUUUUUUUUUUCUUUUUUUUUUUUCUUUUUAUUCUGUAGUAUAGCAGUUGUGAGUUGUAGUUUAGGAGUUUUUAUAGUCCAAUAUGUACUCUGUUUCCAAGCUUAAAAUUUUCAUUCU